AUGGUGCCUUCGGCGAACUUACUCGGCUUUGCGGGUGGAGAGCUCGCAAAAAAGUUACCAAAAGUACUUGGUGUCCUGCUCGAGACAACCCUUAGUUCGGUUGUGGAGAUUGUCCUCUUCAUGGUCCUGAUUCACAACGAUAAAGGCGGUAAUCUGAUUCCGGUUAUCCAGGCCGCCAUCCUAGGCUCAAUCUUGGCGAAUCUCUUAUUGUGCUUGGGCCUAUGCUUCUUCUGCGGAGGCAUUGGGCGUGCAGAUCAGUCGUUCCAUGAGGCCGUCAGCGAAGUAGGCUCAGGGCUCUUACUAGUCGCAGGAUUUGGUCUCCUAAUACCGAGUGCAUUCUAUUCAACACUGAAAAGCAAUGCAUCGCAUACGCAUGUACAAAUGUCGACGGAAGAGUUGAAUCAGUCUACCCUGAUCAUCAGUAGGGCCACGGCCAUCAUCCUGCUAGUCGCUUUUUUGAUGUAUCUAUUUUACAACCUUCAUAGUCAUCACAGUAUCUUUGACGAAGUGCUUGAGUUUGAUGAACAUCAGGAUGAAGAUCGCGAAAAGGAGAUGAAGCGGGCUAAGCUUACGCUCAUUGAAUGCUUCAUUGCCAUUGGAAUCUCGCUCGCUUGUGUUUGCAUGUCGGCUGUCUUUCUGGUGGAAGAAAUAGAGCAUAUUGUGAACGAAAAAGGUGUAUCGGACAACUUCAUGGGCCUAAUUUUAGUGCCCUUGGUAGAAAAGGCAGCAGAGCACUUGACCGCUAUCGAUGAAGCUUGGGACAACCAAAUCAACUUUGCACUCUUCCACUGUCUUGGUCCGUCGAUCCAGACUGCGCUGUUAAAUGCACCGCUGGCAGUUCUUGUGGGCUGGGGCAUUGGCAAGGAUAUGGGUCUCAACUUUGAGAUAUUUAUGAUCGUUCUGGUCGUUUUAUCCAUCUUAGUUGUUGGGAACUUCCUUCGCGAUGGCAAAUCCAACUAUUUAGAAGGAGGCCUAUGCGUUCUAGUCUAUGUUAUUAUCGCUGUUAGUACAUGGUACUAUCCACAGAUUGUACCGGAAGAACAAUCACCGCGACCCAACCGAAACAACCGUUCAAUGGACCCAUCAUCCACCGUUAUCUGUACACUCAAAGAUUACGAAAUCCCGUUCAGGCGAGACGAGAUCCAGUCAGCCCUUAGCAAUGAGGCGGAUGGUCCCAAGGCUGCGAAAUGGCUGACAGAGCAUCUCACUACCGACACUCUGCUGUCGCAGGAAGAGCUGAUAUUGUAUUCGAGGCUCGAAAGCUCCGGCGCCUUGCAGGGCGUUCUCGCCAAUACAGAUACGAAUACAAGUCGUCCGCUUCUAGAUGACGACCUUCGACGUGCGAUUGAUACACUAGAUGCUUCUACGGCUGCAAUACAGAACCAAACCAACAUACUAAUGGCACAAUACGAGAGCCUGAAUAGAUGUGAUCAGUCGGAUGAGGACCUGGGACUUAGACAAGACAGGGAUAUAGCACGAUUGCAAAAGAAGCAUAAUGAUCUAGCUCAUGCGUUGGAAUCGGAAAUGAGGAGUGUAUCGGAGCAAGCCACAGCAGAGGCCAAAAGAAUACUCUCCUCUCUGACAGCUCGAUUCAAGGAGGAUGAUAAGUUGAUCGCGGGCUUAGAGAGGCUCGCAUCGGGAAUUGAGAUCACUGAACAAGACGAAACUACUGCGAAGCAAGCUUCGGAACGAAGCGCUGCUCUUGCCCGAUAUGUUGCCGAUGAAAUACAGUGUCGACUUGAUCGAUUAUAUCUGGAAUCUUUACAAGCAGGCUCAAUGGAAACGCAGGCCGAGGCAGUACCGGUCGAGGAUGAAGCUCUGGUGGCGUUGGGGAAGGAGCUUGAAUCUCUAUACCCUGAAAUCGACAUACUGGCGGAAGUGUCUUCAAGACAGAAGUUCGCUGAACCAAUGAUAGGCGAGCUACGCGAUCACCACGGCAAAUUGCGUAUGGAUUCCCACAAAAAAUUGGACUACGUUGUGGAUAUUGUCACAAAGAUGACCUUGUCUACGGAAGAUCUGAUCAGGUCCCUGCAGGAUCGCGAGUCUUUCUGUGGAACACUUGAGGCUAUCGCUGCCGCGCAUCGAUCAGAAGUUGGCGAUUAUCUCUUGGGCCAGUCUGAUCCAAGACGAGAGACCUUAAGACGUGUCUCCGCACAGCCAAUUCCAAAUUCUACCUCGGCCCAAAAGCGCAAUACCGCACCCCGUGAUCCUCACUUACUGGCGACGGUAUUGCGCCGAGUAGGAUUAUCUCUAGAAUCUAUGCUCCAUGCAGAUGAUGUCAACGAAGGUUGGAAAACUUUGCAAGGGAAGCGGCAGCAGUUGAUUGAAAGCCUGCACGAUCAUGGCGUCGCUGCAGAUUCACCGCUAAUGGCUGAUCUGCUUCCGACAUAUCAGGCAAUCCGACUUCUUUCCACUUGCUUGCACUCCGAUUCGGAAUUCAAGAUCUCACUUUUGGGCCUGGAUCACCAAAGAAAGCUAUCGAAUCUCGAGGACGACUUGAACCGUAUGCAAAGAGGCUUGACAGGACUCGACCUGAGCGUGCUUCACAGGCGAGAUAGAGGCCAAAACAAGUUCGUAGAAAGAUGGGGCUCAGAGGCGCUGGGCCACUGA